AUGUAUAGUCUUAUGGAUGAAGUUAGUGAUAUGUAUAAUAAACGUCUUCUUGAAUAUGCAGAUAAACAAGAAAUAUUUGAUGUUAAAGUACUCAAUGGUCAAUAUACACUUGAUAAUAUUGCUACUUGUUUAUUUGGUGUUGAAACUAAUUCAUUACAAAACGAAAAUGUCAUUUUGAUCAAUCAUUUAAAAAAAUUCUUUACGGUCGAUUUUGUAAAGACAUCUAUUUCAAUUCUAAUCGUCUUAAUUUCUACUCGAUUGGCAAGUUAUUUAAGCAAAAAGGGUUAUUCAUUUUUACCAUCUGAUGCUGUUGAUUAUACGAGUUGUUUAGUAAAUCAAAUACUAAGUCGCCGUCGACAACAUUUGGAAAGACGUACUGAUUUUAUUCAAAUUAUGGUUGAUCAUGAAGAAGAAAUGAAUUGUCAAGAACAAGAGAAAACACUGACGAAGAGUAUACAUACAUUGAAUGAUAAAGAAAUAGUUGGUCAAGCUCUUGUCUUUAUGGUUGCUGGUUAUGAAACUACAAGUGUAUUGAUGUCAUUCUUUUUCUAUGCCAUGUCAACAGAACCAAUUAUUCAGGAAAAAAUUUAUGAAGAAAUUCGAAAUGAAAUUGGUGAUAAUAAAAUUACUCAUGAAAAUCUUCAUCAACUUCGAUAUUUGGAUAUGGUUAUUAGCGAAACACUUCGUAUGUAUCCACCAUUUAUCAGAUUUGAUCGUGUUGCUUCGGAAGAUUAUCAGCUUGGUAACUAUCAUAUACCAAAAGGAUCAAUUAUUCAUAUACCAGUGUAUCCUAUUCAUCAUGAUUCUAAAGUUUGGCCUGAUCCAGACAAGUUCAUUCCUGAAAGAUUUACAUCAACAGAGAAAGCGAAACGACAUCCAAUGACUUAUUUGGCUUUUGGUGCUGGACCUCGAAACUGUAUUGGCAUGCGAUUUGCAUUAUUAGAAGCUAAACUUGGAAUUGCUAAAGCAUUGCGUUUGAUUGAAAUACAGAAAUGCGAAAAAACAGAAGUUCCACUUCAACUGGGUAAAUUCGUAAAUUUAAAUAGUACAAAUGGUAUUUGGGUUCGUGUCGUUCGUCGAUCUGAAUGA